GUGUUUCUCUCCCCUUCAAUGUGAGGAAGAAGGAUGGAGGCGGUUCAACUUGUCACCUGACGCUGGUCCAGACCAAUUGCGAACCAUAUCAAGUCGGGUUUACUAUUGUGACUGAAUAUUUUUGUCAUUCUCCACAGUGCAUUCAAUCAAGGCUGCAAAUGGGUGUCCUGGAAAGCAACGGGUCAGUUCCGAGCUCUUUGCGAGCGGCGGCCGUCAACACAAGCCAAAAGGGUGAUUCAGGGGACAACGUGCCCACACGGAUAGAGUCGCUGCUGAUGGUGCUCGUGGUAGUGAUGUGUCUGGGCUCGGUGACAGGUAACCUUCUUGUCAUUAUCCUCGUGGCAGCUACUAAGACUCUCCGCCAAGUGACAUCAGUGUUGAUCAUGAACUUGGCCAUCAGUGACCUCCUGGUGGGCCUCGGUGUCAUGCCCUUUGUUGCUUUGUCCAUCGUGAAGCCUGGAUGGGGCGAAUGUUUUAACCUGUGUCUAUUUGUGGCCUACACCUCCUCUGUCUACUGCACAGUGUCUGUUCUAACACUGGCUGCCAUCGCUUUAGACCGCUACCACUCCAUCAUGGACUGCCUACGUUACAGCUCCCGCUGCACCCUGCGGCGGACGUGCUCGGUGGUCUUGUGGAUCUGGCUGCAGGCCAUGGCAACCAGUUGCCCCCCACUGCUGGGCUGGAGUUCUAUGGCCUAUGUAGCUCCCGUGUACAGCUGUGCAGUAGACUGGGCCAGCAGUCCCAGCUACACAGCCACCAUGACCAGCCUUUCCUACCUCAUUCCCGCCAUCAUUAUCCUGGUCUGCUACGUGAACAUCGCCAAGGUUGCCCGCAAACACGCCAAGAGGAUUCACAGCUUGCAGGACUCGCUUCAACGCAGUAGAGUUCCAAACUGCAUGUUCCUUCCCUCUUUGCACAUUCCCUCCACACUGGUCUAUCAUCUAAGUGGACAGUGUAUCUCUAGUGUUGUGUCUGUUCAUCCAACUUCCUCCAGGGGAGUCUUCUCCAUGUUGUCACCUCCCCUGCAGGACCCCCAGCAGCAGCAUCAAGGAGUUGGUCGCCUCAUUCUGGUCAUUUUAACCUUCUUCCUGUGCUGGACCCCUUACAUUGGUGUUGUUCUCGUUCAGGCCACCGAAGCAGCAAUCUCUGGUGAGACCUCCCUGGUGCCCCCCUCUGCUCUGACCGUUUCCUACUUUCUGGUGCUGCUCAACUCUGAUUUCAACCCCCUGCUGUACGCUCUGCUCAGCAAGCGUUUCCGGGCAGCUCUGCAUGGGCUGAGGCAGAAGGUGAGAGCUAGAAUGGGAAGUGUCGUCAGCUCGGGAGGGGAGGUUGACCCCUGCAGGCUCACAAGCCCCCUUCCAGGGCCAAAGUCUAGUCCGGACACCCCCCGGUAUUGCUCUCCAGUUUUCAUCAUCAGCACUGACUACAAGCAUCAGUCCAGUGAAAAUGUAGGCAAAAUGUGUCUCCAUGAAGAGGGCACCACACCCUGCUCCACUUGGCAAGACCCUCAUAGUGGCAGGAAGGUGGAUUUCCUGCAAGUACCCUGUAGGACGCAAGAGGGCGGCAGACUACCAUUUUCUGCUUUGACUGUGGCACCAAGGGCCACUUUUGUCUAUGGCCAGAUUACAGUGAAAGUAGAGCAUGCCUCAUCAGAAACCGUACUUAUUACAUAAAGAAAAAUGACAACAAAAUUGGAGUCAAUUAGUUGAUAAUUAAUUCAAUUGUUGUCUGCUGAUUAUAAGCAAGACGUUUUGGACAACUAUCUGCUUCCGGGAGCUGUUUUGGGGAUGCCCUUUUCUGAUCCAGCUGCUCUUAAGUCCAAUAUUUAUGGCCUCUUGAUGAAGGGACAAUUGCCAUAGACUGCCCCCUAAAUCUUCUACAUAGUCUUUCAAGUGUGAAAGCUGAGGUCUUCUGCAUCUUACAGAAAUGCUUUUUCUUAAAACAUUUCCAAAAGCUUCAUAUUGGCAAGAAGAAACCAAACCUGGACAAUAGAUGGAUUGAAAAGUAAUCUUUUUAUGAAGUAUAUGUGAAUAUACUUGAAGACCCUGCCCCCCCCCACCGAAUCAAAUAAACCC